CUGCAGGUGUAUCAAUAAAAGAAGUCCGUAUUGAGUUUAGAUUUGAUAUUCGUUCUUAUUAAAUAUCAUUCAAAAUGUCUAAAGCAGGGAAAAUGAAAAUGGUUAAAAAAAUAAUAGAGAAAGUAGAUCAUUCUUCAAAAUUACGUACGGAUAUACCUGCAGGAAUGGCAAAAGCUGCUCCACCGUUAGGUCCUAUGCUUGGACAGAGAAAUAUCAAUAUACCUAACUUUUGUAAAGAUUUUAAUGAAAGGACGCAGCAUAUUAAAGAAGGAGUACCUUUACCGUGUAGAGCUAAAGUUAAUCCUGAUAGAAGUUACAAUUUAGUCAUACAUAAACCUCCAGUUACAUAUUUUUUAAAACAAGCAGCAGGAGUACAAGUAGGUCAAAUGGAAAAAGGUGAUAUAGCAGGCAAAAUAACUUUAAAACAUUUAUAUGAAAUUGCUAAAAUCAAAUCAGAAGAUCCACCAUUAGCGUUAAUGAGCUUACAACAGAUUUGUAUAAUGAUCGUUGGAAUAGCAAGAACUGUUGGUAUUCAGAUUGUACGUGAAAUAGAUCCAAAAGAGUACGAAGAGUUUUUAAAAGAGAGAGAAUUAAAGGUAGAAGAACGUAGGAACCAAAGAAGAUUGAUUAAAGAAUCUAAAUUACUUAGAAUGGGAUAAAAAGUGUAUAUUCUGUAUGCAAGAGAAAAUAUAUAAACGUUUGUAUAUAAUUGCUACCUGUACAUUACAACAAUCAUUUGUACAACAAAACUAUCAGAGACAAGUAGUAUCAAAUUUAUCUGAGUAAUAAUAAGCAAUUAUAGUUAUACUAGAAAAAAUAAAUAAAAAAUUAAGUUUA